CCCGAUUCGACCAAUCACAUCACCUAUUUUGUGGCCUGACGUCACGACCUUUUUGAAAAUUUCGGUGAAAGGUCCAAGUUUUCGCUGAUGGUGCUGUGGUUUCCUUUGUACAUUCCGAUAUAGACUGUUACAGUAUGGCACAAAUACCUCGUAGCUUCCGUCUUCUCGAGGAAUUGGAAAAGGGCGAAAAAGGUAUUGGUGAUGGCACAUGCAGUUACGGUUUGGCCGACGACGACAUGCUCAUGCAUCACUGGCACGCCACCAUUUUGGGCCCUCCUCAUUGUGUCCAUGAGAACCGAAUCUACAGCUUAAAGAUUUAUUGCGACGACAACUAUCCUAAUGCGCCACCCAUGGUGCAGUUCACUUCGAGAAUCAACUUGCCGAGUGUGAAUCCUCAGAAUGGCAGGGUAGGACAAAAAAACAAGCGGACGGGAAAAAGGGGGGAAUGCCAAUGGCUCAGAUGAACUUAACUUCUUUGACGGUUGCAUUUGGUUAGGUUGAUCCUCAAAAGUUGCCUUGUCUUGCCCAAUGGAAUCGCUCCAAUACUUUGGAAACGGUCUUGAUAAGUUUGAGAAGGUAGGUCACCUGCAAGAGUGUGGCAAUGACAAAGUUCGGGAUUGGCUUAUUUCGGGAUAUGGUUUUUCUUCUUUCUAGGGAAAUGGGCACGGUCGGUAGAAAACUCCCUCAACCCCCGGAGGGAUCCACAUUCUAAAUACCACGAUGCAUUUUUUUAUUCAAGCACCUUUUUUUUCAAAUCCACAGUUUUAAUAUAAAGCGCAUUGGCCUGA